AAAGAGUUGGAAGACAACGCGACCGUUCCCUGGGUGCCCAGGAAUCAGGUCUGGGGCUCGCACCGGGGCAGGUGGGCUGGCGUGGGAAGGAGGCUGCUUCUGAGGUCGGUGCAGCUCAGCGACUCUGGAAACUACUCAUGCUACAGGGACGGCCGCCCCGCUGGGACCGUGCGCUUGCUGGUGGAUGUUCCUCCCGAGGAGCCCCAGCCCUUCUGUUUCCGGAGAAGCCCCAUCAGCAGCAUUGAGUGCGCGUGGAGCCCUCAGAGAGCCCCGUCCACGCCCACCACGGCGGUGCUGCUGUGGGGGAAGCUUCAGGACGGCUAUCUGAAAGACUUCCAGGAGCCCUGCCCGUACGUCCAGGAGGCCCAGCAGUUCUCCUGCCAGCUGGAGGUCCGCGAGGCAGACAGCUCUUUCUACUCAGUGUCCCUGUGUGUCGCCAACUCCGUGGGGAGCAAGGCCAGCGAGCCCCACACGUUUGAGAUCGAUGAAAUCUUGAAGCCCGACCCACCGGCCAACGUCACGAUCUUCGCCGUGGCCAGGAACCCUCACAAGCUCCUUAUCACCUGGAAAUACCCCCACACCUGGAACUCGUUUUUCUAUAAACUGCGGUUUGAGCUCCGGUACCGGGCUGAGCACGCCACGACGUUCACCAGACUGAUGGUCAAGACCCAUCAGCAUUACUACGUCGUCCGCGACGCCUGGAGCGGCACCAAGCACACGGUGCAGCUUCGGGCCCAGGAGGAGUUUGGAAACGGCAUGUGGAGCGGCUGGAGCACAGAGGUCACCGGCGUCCCCUGGGCAGAAUCCGGGAGUGUUCAAGCUGAGGCUGAGUGGUCCCUAUUCACAGAGGGACCUGCCACUGAUGACCACGAUAACGUUUUCCCCAGAGAUUAUGUGAAUGCCACAACCCUCCCAGUGCAAGAUACUUCUUCGGUCUCACUGCCCACAUUUCUGGUGGCUGGAGGAAGCCUGGCCUUCGGGAUGCUUCUCUGCAUUGGCGUCAUCCUGAGGUUCAAGAAGACGUGGAAGUUGCAGGCUCUGAAAGAGGGCAAGACGAGCAUACUCCCGCUGUACUCUCUGGGGCAGCUGGUUCCGGAGAGGCCCAAGCCUACCCUGGUGCUUGUUCCUCUCAUCUCCCCGCCUGUGUCCCCCAGCAGCCCUGGCUCUGACAAUACCUUGAGCCACAGCCGACCAGAUGCCAGGGACCCACGGAGCCCUUACGACAUCAGCAACAGAGACUACUUCUUCCCCAGAUAGCUGGCUGCGUGGCACCUGGAGGGCUGGGCACCAGCUGCUCAGCUGCGGGGACAAUGGACACACGCCAGCUUAGCACGGGAUGCUUCUCACUGCCAUUCCAGCACAUCUCAGGGGCGUGGGGCCUCUGGCCUCACUGUUACAGCAGAGCCUUGUGGAAGGUUCCACGCUGGAUGAAAAUGUUGGCUGCGUCUCUUCAGGAGGAAGGGGUGACUGCAUUUUCAAACCUCUCUGCUUAAAUGCUCUGCUUCAAGGGUUAGAGGUUACAAUGUUCUCAGGCCACCCCAGGAGACAGGCGCUGGGGAGGCCUCGGAGUGGACAAGCCGCUGGCCACCCACACCCCCAGCAUCUCCACCAGCUACACCCACAGUCAGGGGAGGCGGAAGAUGGGCUUCCAGCCAGAGAUGCCCCCAUGCCCCUCCACCAAGUCAUCUGGCUCCUGGCCCACUGCACAGUUUCAUAUCGGAGCGCAAACUCUUGAAACACAAGUGCCUUAGCAGUUCGGUUUUGCUAGGCCCCAGGCAGCCUGGCGAAGAGCUCUCCUGCCUCUCUUCCCUACCCUUGAAAAACAGCUGGUGGGGAGGGGGGGAUGACGAAUAAUCUCUCAGGGCCUGAGGGUUUUAAAUGGAAUUAUAAUUAGUUCCUCAUUAGCAUGUUGCUAAAUGUGAACGGUGAUUUUAGGCAUUUGCUGAAUACAGAAGCAAGUAGCUGGCUCCAGCUCCCCCUUCAGACACCAGACUCCAGGGGAGAGGACCAGAGCGGAAGGAGGGGAGUAGGGGACAGCGUCUCCUCGGUCCCCUGCAGCAGCCAAACUGAGGGGGCUGUAGCCUCUGAAAACCCAUGUUUCCAGUCCCCCACCUCCCCCGAGGAAGAGCUGGCAGUAGGGAGAGCUUCUGCCCGGGCUGUGAUCAAAACUGUUUCACCGCAGCUUUGCUAAAAAAAAAAAAAAAAAAAAAAAAAAAAAAAAAAAAAAAUUCUUUUCAAUGGAAUCUGCGUAACUAGGGAAGAUAAUAUAAUACUCACGUGAAGAAAAAAAGAACCCAGCACGAAUGUAUUUUAAUUUGAUUUUUUAAAAAAAUCUGCUGACUGUGUUUCUCUUGAGAGGGAGGAAGAGUCAGUAUUUGCUGAGUGUUAGGAUAUAAAUAACGGAGGGGGAAAGACCCAACUGUGUUUAGCGCAAAAUCAAGUCAAGUGAAAAGGGAGGAGAUCAAUGUUUCCCUAUCAGAGAAGUAAUUCCGGUUUCAUUCUAUUUCUUUUUUAAAAAGUAAAAAAAAAAAAAAAAAAAAAAAGAUUUUCUGCUUCUCUGCUGUAGGGGAAAAGCACCCUGUGACUGCUCCCCCAGGUGGGUAGGAAGGCAGCGUGUCCCUCUCCACGUCUGGGUGCUCGGAAGCAAGCCUCCUACAUUACCAGGCAAGGGUCUAGAAAGUCCCCACCCCUGACCCUCUGUUACCAGACGGGGAGGUUCGUCAGAAAAUCCCUUACCUUGGUUCCUUCCUCUUUUUGUUUAGUUCCUCGAGGUCGAAUUGGUUAAGUUAGUGUUGAAGCAUCGUUUGGCUGACAUGGUGGACCAACCACUUCAGCUGCCUUUCCAUUCAAGCUUGAAAACUCAGCAAACAUAGCGGUCACCCUUACGGUACUCUUAAGAAUCCCAAAGUGGAACUGUGAUUAAAAUCAGUCACGUAACCACUGACCCAAAAGCUACCCGACCACAGAGUUUUCUAGGCUCUCCUUUUAGAAAAACAGCCACCCCGCCAGCCAGGUGGCAGAAGCAUGAAAACAACGUGUUUUAUUUACUGUUUCUCAGGUUCCCGCUGUUACUAUCUGGAGGGAGGAGGGGUUUUCAUUGCUGGCUUUGCACGUUUUAGGACUCGUUGCAACUCCAGGCAAUUCAUCUUAAAUCGAUGAAAGGCAGGCAGGUGUUCAAGUGUUGGGGUUUUUUUUGUUUUUGUUUUUGUUUUUAAAGUUUCUGGGACUUGAGAACAGCAAAAAUGCUGUUCAGGGGAAAUAUUAAAAAUGUGAAUCUGCAUGAGACAGG